AUGGCUCCGGUUAUGAUGGACUACGACUUUAAAAUUAAAACACAAAAUGAACGUUCUAAAGUUGAGGACCUAUUUGACUUUGAGGGUUGUAAAGUUGGGAGAGGAACUUACGGACAUGUUUACAAAGCUCGACGGAAAGACGGUUCUGACACUAAAGACUAUGCUUUAAAACAAAUAGAAGGAACUGGACUUUCUAUGUCAGCUUGUAGAGAAAUUGCUUUGCUGAGAGAACUAAAACAUUCUAAUGUCAUUAACCUUAUACGCGUGUUCCUCUCUCAUACUGAUCGCAAAGUAUGGUUGCUAUUUGACUAUGCAGAGCAUGAUCUCUGGCAUAUUAUUAAGUUUCAUAGAGCAGCAAAAGCUAAUAAAAAAUCAGUAAUGGUACCAAAGGGUAUGGUAAAAAGCUUAUUGUAUCAAAUACUGGAUGGAAUACAUUAUCUGCAUUCAAAUUGGGUACUGCAUAGAGAUUUGAAACCUGCCAAUAUCUUAGUUAUGGGUGAAGGCCCUGAACGGGGGAGGGUUAAGAUAGCUGAUAUGGGUUUUGCCAGGUUAUUCAAUGCUCCCUUGAAACCCCUUGCCGAUCUUGAUCCAGUUGUAGUUACUUUCUGGUAUAGAGCUCCAGAGCUGUUACUUGGUGCUAGGCAUUACACAAAAGCUAUUGAUAUUUGGGCCAUUGGGUGCAUAUUUGCGGAGCUUUUGACAUCUGAACCAAUUUUUCACUGCCGUCAAGAGGAUAUUAAGACAAGCAAUCCAUACCAUCAUGAUCAAUUAGACAGGAUAUUCAAUGUCAUGGGAUUCCCACAAGAAAAAGAUUGGGAGGAUAUUAGAAAAAUGCCAGAACAUGCUACAUUAGUGAAGGAUUUUAAGAGAUCAAAUUAUCAAAAUUGCUCGUUAAGUAAAUAUAUGGACAGACAUAAAAUAAAACCAGACAGCAAAGCAUUCAGUCUCUUACAGAGGUUACUUUUAAUGGACCCUAACAGAAGAAUAACUUCAGAACAGGCAAUGCAAGAUCCUUAUUUUACCGAAGACCCUUUGCCAACACAGGAUGUUUUUGCUGGUUGUCCCAUACCAUAUCCAAAGAGGGAGUUCUUGACGGACGACGACCAGGAUGAUAAGAGCGAUUCGAAGGCGCGCCAAAAUCAGCAACAACAACAGCCCAAUACACAACAAAAUCAAGUGCAAGCUAACAGUCAUGAUCAUGGAGCUAACAACGCGAAGCGAAUGAGAAUGCCAGGUCCGAAUCAAGGUAACAACGCUACUGGCGGUGGCCAACAAGAGUUCCACCAACAACAACAGAUGAUGUUUGGCGGCCAACAACAAGGGGGCAACGCCCAACAGCAAGGCAACUUCCAACAGAGGUUC